AUGACCGAUGACGAUGCAAGCAGCGAGCCAAUCCCAACCCGCCUCGGCCGCCCUCCAUCGCCCACCUCUACCAGUUCAGCCAUCACCGUAGGUACAUCUCAAGAGGCUCUCCGUAUCAGACAUCUGGAGCAAGGCGAAUAUGUUCAGGAUGAGGACAGCUACGACGAUACGCGGAGUCUCACCGAGAGCAUUCGCCAGCACAUCAUCGACGGAGGCCUACGGUACCAUGCGUAUCAUGCCGGGCAAUACGCCUUCCCCAACGACGAGACAGAACAGUACCGUGACGACCUGAAGCAUCAUUUGACCAUUCACCUUUGCGAGGGUGUAUACUUUUAUGCUCCCGUUCAUGAGCGGCUGCAACAGCCUGGUGCCGAAGUCCUCGAUUUAGGUACUGGAACAGGGAAAUGGCCUAUUGAAAUGGCCGACAUGUAUCCCAAGACAACAUUUCAUGGCAUGGAUUUAUCACCCAUCCAGCCCGAUUGGGUCCCAGAGAACGUGUUGUUCGUUGUCGACGAUAUCGAACAUGAAGCGGGGUGGACGUAUCCCGAAAACUCUUUUGAUUUUAUCCACAUCCGCCACACCUGCCACUCCAUAAAGAAUCGGGCUGAGCUGUGGAGUCGGAUUUACAAGCACUUGAAGCCCGGUGGCUUUGUCGAGAUCCAGGAAUUCCACUAUGUUGCUGCCUGUGACGACGAUUCAUGCAACCAGCCAUAUGCCUGGCGUGAUUUCUUACGAUACCUGGGGGACGGCCUUGCCGCCCUCGGCUCGAAUCUCCACGGGAUCCUCAACGUUAAAGACGAGCUCGCUGCUGCUGGUUUCCAGGGCAUCCACCAGAUAGACCUCAAGUGCCCGAAUGGCCCGUGGCCAAAGCUGAGGCGUCUCCAGGAGUGCGGCCACAUUCUACGAGAUGUCAUCAUGUGGGGGCUUGUUGGGCUAGCCAGGCGGCCACUUCAUCACGGAUUGGGAUGGACCACGAUCCAGAUCGAAAUGUUCCUCGUUGAGGUCCGCAAGUCUAUCAUUGCAGAGCACAAUGGUAUACCCAAGUUCCACUCAUACUUUCCUUUUCACACCAUAUACGGCCACAAGCCCUUGGAUGCUGCUUGA